CCCCAAUUUCCUACAGAAUACUGCCCGGGCAGCGGAAGUAUGGAUGGAUGAAUACAAAGAACAUUUCUACAAUCGAAACCCUCCAGCACGGAAAGAAGCUUAUGGAGAUAUUUCUGAAAGAAAAUUACUACGAGAACGACUUAGAUGCAAGAGCUUUGACUGUUACUGCUUCUUGGGAUACGUUUCUCAUGCUAUGGAAUUUGAAGCCGAACGCUAGAGCUUUCAGAUAUGUGGGUCAUAAGGAUGUUGUAACCAGUGUGCAGUUUUCUCCCCUUGGAAACCUACUCGCAUCUGCCUCAAGGGACAGAACCGUGAGACUCUGGAUUCCUGAUAAAAAAGGGAAAUCUUCAGAAUUUAGAGCUCAUACAGCUCCAGUUAGAAGUGUGGACUUUUCAUCAGAUGGCCAGUUUCUAGUUACAGCUUCUGAAGAUAAAUCCAUCAAAGUAUGGAACAUGUUCCGUCAGCGCUUCUUAUAUUCCUUGUACCGACAUACACACUGGGUACGCUGUGCCAAAUUUUCACCUGAUGGAAGAUUAAUUGUAUCAUGCAGUGAGGAUAAAACUAUUAAAAUAUGGGAUACCACAAAUAAGCAGUGUGUUAAUAACCUCUCAGAUUCUGUAGGAUUUGCAAAUUUUGUGGACUUUAAUCCUAAUGGUACAUGCAUAGCUUCAGCAGGUUCUGAUCAUAGUGUAAGGAUCUGGGAUAUCAGAGUGAACAAGUUACUCCAGCAUUAUCAAGUUCACAGCUGUGGAGUUAAUAGUAUAUCAUUCCAUCCUUCCGGUAACUAUCUGAUCACUGCCUCUUCAGAUGGUACACUUAAGAUUCUGGAUCUCUUAGAAGGAAGACUCAUAUAUACACUUCAAGGACAUACGGGACCUGUAUUUACUGUUUCAUUUUCCAGAAGUGGAGAGCAAUUUACAUCAGGAGGUGCAGACACACAGGUCUUAUUGUGGAGGACUAACUUUGAUGAAUUGCAUUGUAAAGAUAUUAAUAAAAGAAAUCUCAAAAGACUGCAUUUUGAUUCACCACCACACCUGCUUGAUAUUUACCCAAGAACACCACAUACUCAUGAAAGAAAAUUAGAGACUGUUGAAAUUAAUCCAAAGCUUGAGGUAAUCGAUUUGCAGAUUUCUACUCCCCCUGUUGUGGACGUCCUUUCUUUUGAUUCUACCACAAUAACGGAAAAUAGUGGUCGAAAUCUGCCAGACAAGGGUGAAGAUAUCUGUGGAUAUUUCAUGAACCCUUCCUUAAUGUCAGCAGACUGUUCAGCAAUAGCUGUGAAAAAUAAAACAGAAGAAUUUAGUGACUUUCCCUCCGAGAGCCAAAGAAGCAUACCGCUUGCUGUGACAGACGCUUUAGAACACAUCAUGGAACAGCUCAAUGUCUUGACACAGACAGUUUCCAUUUUGGAGCAGCGACUGACUUUGACAGAGGAUAAGCUGAAAGACUGCCUUGAAAAUCAACACAAGCUUAUCAGUGUCGUCCAACAGAAAAGCUGAAUAGGAAUGUGUGAGCAAGGCACAAUCAGCGGACGCGUCCUCAAGAAGGCCGUGCAGGGUGCUCGGCACAACACACCAUGCACUGAUUAUCAUGGCAUUCUUCAAAGGGUGAGCAACAGAACAAAAGGCAAAAAGGCAUAUUUAAGGACUAAUUUAAACACACAAAUCAAUGUCAAGGACUAAUUUAAAUCACUACUAGUUAUGAUUGCAGUAAUAAAGUGGAAGCAUCCAAGUGACUCUGUAUUUUCCCACAUGUUAUUUUAAAUGUCAGUUUUCAUUUAUAGUACAAAUCCUGCCAGGAAAAUAACCAAAUCUCUGAAUUUCAUUGCUAAAUCAUUUCAGAUUGACCAUGUUUAGGCAACUCCUUAAAGUAAUGAAUGUAUUUCUUUAGUGGACAUUCUUGAGGUGAAAUGAUUCACUUGCCUCUAAAACAGCGUCCUAAAUGGAGAGGAUGAAUUAUUGAUCUGACUUGCAUUUCUUUCAGUUAAAAAGAAGAAUCUUCAAUGUCUUGAAAAGAUGAUCUAAUAAAAAUUCCCAGGCCACAGAAUUUCCACAGCAAUAGAACAUAUAUGACAUACACAGUAGUGGGGUUUUUUUUUAUUUAUGAUGGACAUUGUAUUUCGUUUGGCCAACCUGAGGAAAAUGAAGAGUUAAAGCACCUAUCACAGGUAAAUGCAAUGAAUGGUUUGGGUUGUACUGAACCUAUGGUCACGAUUCACAAAGAUCAUGUUAGUGUGAUUUCAACAUACUAAAAGCCAAAGAUGCAACAGCUGCAUUUAAAAAUAUAGACAUAUAUAGCAAGUGAAUAAUAAGUCCUUUUUUAUAUAAAAAAAAUUGCAUCAUCAUCUAUUUUUUAAUGAAUUGUGAUUUGAAAUAAAAUGAAAAUGAGCCAGAUAUUCUAAAAGAUCUUGAGUACCAUUUAAGAAUCCUGUUUUACCUUAAACAAAAUGGAAAUUAAAAUGAAAAAAACCAGGCAAA